GGUAAAUGGCGAUCCACGGCGGUGUUUGAUGCUGUAGACGCGGUGCGUCGACAAUCGAAUCAUCUAACUGAGACAGACCAACAAGUUGAUUCUCAGACGAGCCUACAUCGUAGGUAGUCAAGCUGAGCAAGAUGUCUAAGGCAGACGAGAACGCGGACACCGGCGAUACCGGGGACAACUCGAACGGGUCCUCAGCGGAGACCACAUCUUCGAGGGGCGGUGACUUCGAGACAAAACUCGAGACGGAUCGCAGCAAGCGGUUCGACUAUCUGCUGAAGCAGACCGAGAUCUUUUCGCACUUUAUGACGAACAAUCAGAAGGACAAGGCUGGCAGCCCGUUGAAGAUCAAGGCCGGCAGGCCUAGGAAACAACAACCGGAGAAUCAACCUAAAGCCGACUCUGGCGACCACAGGCAUCGUAAGACCGAACAGGAGGAGGAUGAGGAGUUGUUGGCUGAGAGUAACGCCAGCGUGGCGCCUACCACGCGCUUCGAAUCCUCUCCGCAUUACAUCAAGUCCGGAGAGUUGCGCGAUUAUCAGAUACGCGGUUUAAAUUGGAUGAUAUCGCUCUACGAGCAUGGUAUAAAUGGUAUUCUGGCGGACGAGAUGGGUCUGGGUAAGACAUUACAGACCAUCUCCCUUCUUGGAUACAUGAAACACUUUCGAAACAUUCCUGGUCCUCACAUCGUCAUCGUUCCCAAAUCGACCCUGGCUAAUUGGAUGAAUGAGUUUAAGAAGUGGUGUCCCAGCCUCAGAGCUGUGUGUCUCAUCGGAGACGCAGAGACUAGAAAUACCUUUAUCAGAGAUGUAAUGAUGCCUGGCGAAUGGGAUGUAUGUGUAACAUCCUACGAGAUGGUCAUCAAGGAGAAAUCAGUGUUCAAAAAGUUCAACUGGCGUUAUAUGGUGAUAGAUGAAGCUCACAGAAUAAAGAACGAAAAGUCCAAGCUGUCAGAGAUCCUCAGGGAGUUCAAAACCACUAAUCGACUUCUAUUAACAGGCACACCGCUGCAAAAUAAUCUUCACGAACUGUGGUCCCUAUUGAAUUUUCUUCUGCCAGAUGUAUUCAAUAGUUCGGACGAUUUUGACUCGUGGUUUAAUACAAAUAGUUUUCUAGGCGAUAAUUCUUUAGUCGAGAGACUACACGCAGUCCUUAGGCCGUUCCUUUUGAGGCGUUUAAAAUCCGAAGUGGAAAAGGGACUCAAACCCAAGAAAGAGAUCAAAGUGUACAUUGGUCUAAGUAAAAUGCAAAGAGAAUGGUAUACUAAAGUAUUGAUGAAGGACAUAGAUAUUGUGAACGGCGCAGGAAAAAUAGAGAAAAUGAGGUUGCAGAACAUUUUGAUGCAACUGCGUAAGUGCUGCAAUCAUCCGUAUUUGUUUGACGGUGCUGAGCCUGGACCACCGUACACUACUGAUGAGCAUCUCGUUUAUAACUGUGGCAAAAUGGUCAUUCUUGAUAAAUUAUUGCCGAAAUUACAGCAGCAAGAAUCCCGAGUUUUGAUAUUCAGCCAGAUGACGAGGAUGCUCGAUAUCCUAGAGGACUAUUGUCACUGGAGGUGUUUUCAGUAUUGUCGGUUAGACGGCAACACCGCCCACGAGGAUCGUCAGCGACAAAUCAACGAGUACAACGCACCCGGCAGCGAGAAGUUCAUUUUCAUGUUGUCGACUCGCGCUGGUGGCCUAGGUAUCAACUUGGCAACCGCUGACGUGGUCAUCAUUUACGAUUCCGAUUGGAAUCCACAAAUGGAUCUGCAAGCGAUGGACCGCGCGCAUCGUAUAGGUCAGCAGAAGCAAGUACGGGUCUUCAGAUUUAUCACAGAGAACACGGUGGAGGAGAAGAUCGUGGAGCGGGCCGAGGUAAAGCUACGCUUGGACAAGCUCGUUAUUCAGCAGGGACGACUGGUGGACGCCAAGCAGACAGCAUUGAAUAAGGACGAAAUGCUCAACAUGAUCAGGCAUGGCGCGAACGAAGUGUUCGCAUCCAAGGACAGCGCAAUCACCGACGAGGACAUAGACACUAUAUUGCAAAAGGGUGAAGCCAAGACAGAGGAGAUGAAGCAGAAGCUGGAGAGUCUGGGUGAAUCCUCUUUGCGGAAUUUCACUGUUGACGCACCCACUGAUUCCGUGUAUCAGUUCGAAGGCGAGGAUUACCGCGAGAAGCAGAAGAUCCUCGGGAUAGGCAAUUGGAUAGAGCCGCCGAAGCGCGAGCGUAAAGCCAAUUACGCGGUCGAUGCUUAUUUCAGAGAAGCAUUGAGAGUAUCAGAACCGAAAGCACCGAAAGCGCCGAGGCCGCCGAAGCAACCGAUAGUGCAAGAUUUCCAAUUUUUCCCACCUCGAUUAUUCGAACUGCUGGAUCAGGAGAUUUAUUAUUUCAGGCAGACGGUCGGCUACAAAGUCCCGAAGAACCCCGAACUCGGAUCGGACGCCGCCCGGAUACAGAAGGAGGAACAGCGUAAGAUCGAUGACGCUCAGCCACUCACCGACGAGGAGAUCGUCGAGAAGGAGAAACUGCUCCUUCAAGGCUUCACCAACUGGACCAAACGGGAUUUCAAUCAGUUCAUCAAAGCGAACGAGAAGUAUGGUCGCGACGAUAUCGAGAACAUCGCGAAGGAGGUCGAGGGGAAAACGCCGGAGGAGGUAAUGGAAUAUUCGGCCGUUUUCUGGGAACGUUGCCACGAGCUCCAGGAUAUAGAUCGCGUGAUGGCGCAGAUCGAGCGGGGCGAGGCCAAGAUCCAGAGACGCGCUGGCAUCAAGAAGGCUUUGGACGCCAAAAUGGCCAGAUACCGCGCGCCCUUUCAUCAGCUCAGGAUAGCUUAUGGCACGAACAAGGGUAAGAAUUAUACCGAGGAGGAGGACAGAUUUCUCGUUUGUAUGCUACACAAACUCGGUUUCGACAAGGAGAACGUGUACGAGGAGCUACGAGCUACGGUGAGAUCGGCGCCCCAAUUUCGCUUCGAUUGGUUUGUCAAGUCGCGCACGGCGUUGGAGCUACAACGUCGCUGCAACACCCUGAUAACUCUGAUAGAGCGCGAGAAUCAGGAGCUGGAGGAACGCGAGAGACAAGAGAGGAGAAAGAAAGGCGGCAAUUUGGGGACGAAACCGACCUCGAAGCGGAAACAGGAGAACCUGCCGGCGCCUCAGGACAAACCGCGAAAAAAGAAAAAAUAAACGACUCGUGUGCGCGACGAGUUUAUCUUCCCCCUCUAGACUCUUGGAACUACUUUUUUUUUACGACGUGGUUGAGAAACACGCAGUGUAUUCGCCAGACAAUUUUUCUAUAUUUACAAAUCUACAAAUUUUCACAGCGAUAUAUAUGACGCCUAUUACAUAUUUCAUAUAUCAUUACAAUGGGAUACAUUUUUAAAUAACGACAUCAUCAAGCUUCACGUUCAAUCGUUUAAUGUUUAUAAUUCGUCGUAAUUGAUAUUCGCAUAAGUUCGAAACUAGAUUAUAUUAAUGCUGCGAAAUUAUCAAUAGCCACAUUACGAUGGACUUUCUGAUAGAUUAGCAAAAAUUUGAAAUAGUGAGUGUGUUUUCAUAUAUCACAUCAUCAUUCACACAGAUAUUGAAAUGUAAGAGAAGAUAUAUUAUUUAUUUUUCCAGACUUGUCAAAAACUAGGUAAAAGAGUCGUUAAUACGAUUCUUUUCUCGUUUCGAUAAAUGUUAGUAUUCUUGUCAAUUUGAAUCUUGUUUUAACUUAUAGAGUUCCAUUAAUAAACUAUAUCUAUGUAUUAUAAUAUAUCGAAAUAUCAUAUCAUAUCUACCAUAUUUGUAUAUUAUAAUAUUCGAUUAAAUGGAUCUGCAGACACCAAUUGCAUUAUACCACAAUGAUACCUUAAGAUUUUUAUUUAAUGAUUGCGUGUUACAAUUUCACAGCGCAGUACAUAUUAUAAUAUAUAAAUAGGAUAUAGUUUAAAUGGAACGCUGUAAGUUAAUGCAAGAUUUGAAUUGACAUGAAUACUAACAUUCAUCGAUACGAGAAAAGGAUCGUAUUAAUCUUCUGUAUAACUCAAAUUUAUAAGGUGAAUGAUUCAACUAAAGCGAUUUUAAUAAAUAUUAUAUCUCAUAAAAGAGAAUAUUAAAGUGAAAUAUGUAUGCGUAAUAUAACUAAUUUAAAAUUUGUAUCCCUGUAAGAGAUUCAUUAAGAUUUAUUUAUUAUUAAACAUUCAAACUAUAAAUUUUUCUUGUUCAUGUACAUAUAUGUAUACAUUGUUAUACAUUAUAUGUUAUACAUUUAUAUACUUGGAUGUAAAACUCACAUCUAGAUGAUUUCAUUUAUCUAGAAAUGUGAUUUAAUUGCGGUCGUAGAGCUGCAAUGGUAGAGCUCUGGAUGAUG